AUGCAGGCUUGCUGGAACCCCCACCUCGUGGACGAACCCGAGACUGAAAUCAUCCCCCCUGUAAAUUGCCCCCUUAAACAAGAUAGCGCGGGGUACGACAAAAGCACUCAUAUAGUGCCGUUUGACGAGUCAUGCUCGCACAGGGGGGACUUCAACAGACGCAAGGCGGCCACGCUGCAGAUGAUGCGGCUGGAGGACGUGUUUGAUCAUGGGUUUGCUCUCAACCGCACACACCUGUUCCCGGCCACGUACGACACGGGUCACAUGGUGCACGAGCUGCCAGCGGUGUUCAGCUGGGCGCACCGUCCCGCCAGCAACUUCUUCCAUUUCCUCGUGGAGCUUGUUCCGCUCUUCCUCGUCGCCGCGCCCCUCAUGCCCUCCACGCUGCGACACCUGCCCGUGCUCGUCAGGCGUCACCAGCCUAUCUAUCAAGAAUGCCACACUCCCAGCCCGUCUCUCUGGCAAAUGAUGCGGCGCCGCCAUCUGCUGCACCCGUCCGGCAUCCCUCUCUUCAACCUUGACUGGACUUACCACAGCCACCGCCCUCUCUCCCUUGCUGAAGCGCGCUCCUUCCCCUCCGACUGGGUGGUCGUGCUGGCAAAGCGGCUGAAAGGGAAGAAACGGGCGGUGGUGAAUUUUGAAGAGGUGGAGGAGGAGGUGGUGCGGCCGUUUGGGAGCAAGAGAGUGGUGCUGCACACUGGGUCGAUGCCGAUUCUGGAAGGUGGGUUUUACUAA